GAUCCGAAUUCACUCUCUCUAAAUUCCCUUGUAAAAGCACCCGUGCAUUCUCCCUUAUAAUAUAAAGUGGGCUACAGGUGUUCCACCUAAAGUCCUACCGGUCAAUCUGCGUGUUUUUACCUUUCUUACUUUGCCAAAUCAAGCAAACUAUUUUAGACCCGGUCUAGUAUAGUUUGACCGGUCAAGUAAUUUACACCAUCAUUUUUGGCGCCACCCGUGGGACCGUUAAGGUUUCUUCUCCUGAACACAAACCUACCCACCAAAACACCACUCGAAAUGUCUUCCAGCCAACAAAUCAACGCUACUUCCGCUCAGGUGCAGGCCACCAACGAGGGAGCCAGCGUCCCUGUGGCUGCUACCAUACCGGUCAUUUCAGCCCCGGUAUUGCCUCUGGGUCUGAGCUCUGUCCUGACGGCCAGCGUGAUCAGUCCCUUCGUGACCCCCGUCCCUUCCGCUGGACCGAGGGUAACAUUCCCACCAAGCAUGGCUCAGUUCAUGAAUGACCCAGCCAACCUACAAGCCAUCCAGGGCUUUGGCCAGGUCAUGGCCAUGUGCCAACAGAACGGGGGGAUGCCUUUCCUCCCUGGUAUGUUCCCAUUCGCCCUUCCAGGCGCGGGGACCAUGCCCCUACAAGCUCCGAUGGCGGUGACGUCGCUCCAGACGCCGAUGCCGCAACCAUCACCUUUCCAGCCCCAGCUGGUCAGCACCAUGGCCCCUGUCAACUUGGCCGGUGCACUUAACGCUGCAGGGCCGUCGCGUCCCCCGCAAGCUACGGAUCCGCAGAUCACUCCUGAUAGUUCUACCGGUCGAACUAGGAUCAGGCCAGGCAUCAAUAAAGUUGGGGCGGUGAUUUCCAUGCCUCAUCUAUGCAUGAAGUUCCACACUCCAGGUGGUGUGGGUGAGGUGAAGGGCGACCAGAGGAACGCCCGGGAGUGCUAUGUCGGGGCAGUCAAGAAAAUGACCAGGGGGGUCAAUGUCAUCUCCCAAGAGAUCACAAAAGGAGAGACCCGGGAGAAACUGGAGCCCGAGGCUGAAACGGUGGAAAUCGAACUUCACCCGGGUGAUUCUUCGAGGAUGGUCAGAAUUGGAGCAAAUCUCCCCGAGGAUCUCAAGGAGCAGGUUACACGGGUCCUCCAAGAGUACGCGGGCAUAUUCGCAUGGAGCGUGGCGGAUAUGCCCGGGAUAGAUCGCUCUGUUAUCUGCCACCGGUUGGCCGUGAGGGAAGGAAGUCGACCGGUACGCCAAAAGAAGCGGUACCUGGCCAGUGACCGGCGAGACUUCGUCAAGAAGGAAGUGAAAGACCUCCUCAGUGUUGGUCA